CACCCACACUCCCCGUAGCGAUCAAACGCCGGUCCCGAAAAUUCCCCAAAAAUACGGGGAGAAAAUAGAAGAAGAACAUGAACUACUUGAAGAACUCGCGCUCCGUCCUCUCCAGGCUCCUCCGCCACAGGCCCGCCGGCGCCGGGUGCCCGCGGGUGCCUCCACGGCCGCCGCCGCCGUUGCAGCCCACUCGGUACUACUUCGCCUCCCCGCGGCGCGCGGAGGUCACCGACUUCGGGCGAGGGUUCCUCCGACCGAAGUCCGCCGUCUGCGCCCCGCCGCCGCCGCAGGCGCCGACCUCUCGGUGCUUCUACACCUCCCCGCAGCGGCACAAGGCUGUCCACUUCAACCGCCGCCGCGGGUCCCGGUGGUACCACGACCAGCGGAAGCUCACCGCGGUGGUGGUCAUCUCGGGCGGCGCCGCGGUGGCCGUCUACUUCGGCAACCUCGAGAGCGUGCCCUACACCAACCGCACCCACUUCAUCCUCGUCUCGCCCCCGCUCGAGCGCCAGCUCGGGGAGUCGCAGUUCAACGAUCUCAAGAAGCAGCUCGCCCCCAAGAUCCUUCCCCCGCUCCACCCCGAGAGCAUCCGCGUUCGCCUUAUCGCCUCGGAGAUUGUCCGCGCCGUCCACCGCGGCCUCGCUGGAAGGCACCGCAACGCCUUCGCCGCCGAUGACGCCUCUUACGGCGACAUCUCCACCGACAUCGUCAUCAAGAACCACGAGGCGGACACAGAAGAAAUGAUGCUCAGCCGGUCCCGUGGCAAGAACGCGAGCGCCUCUGCCGCGGCCCAACGAGAUGAGGAGAUUCUGGAUGACAGAUGGGUCACCGAGAGUCGGAACCGUGGGAAGGAACGGGGAGCGGAGCCAGAGACGAGGCAUCUUGAUGGUCUGAAUUGGGAGGUGAUCGUUGUCAGAGAUGACCUUGUCAAUGCAAUGUGCUUGCCCGGUGGCAAGAUUGUUGUCUUUACUGGACUGCUCGACCAUUUCAAGACCGAUGCUGAGAUUGCUACUGUGCUUGCGCACGAGGUUGGGCAUGCUAUUGCAAGGCACUCAGCUGAGAUGAUAACAAAGAACAUGUGGUUUUGGGUCUUGCAGAUUGUCAUCCUGCAGUUCAUUUACAUGCCAGACCUGAUUAAUGCAAUGUCGACUUUACUCCUAAGGCUUCCAUUCUCACGGAGGAUGGAGAUAGAGGCAGACCAUAUUGGGCUGCUUCUUCUUGGUGCUGCUGGAUACGAUCCACGCAUCGCUCCCUCAGUUUACGAGAAACUAGGAAAGAUCGCAGGAGAUUCAGCAUUAAGCAAUUACCUCUCCACUCAUCCUUCGAGUAAGAAAAGAGCACAGCUCCUGAGGCAAGCCAAAGUCAUGGAUGAAGCACUGGAAUUAUACAGAGAAGUUAGUUCCGGCCAAGGCACUGAAGGUUUCCUGUAGGUUUUACGACCUCAAAUUUCAAACUCUUGUGCUGAUUACGAAUUCAUGUAGUCCCUAACAAAAGAAUACGCUCAUAUCAGUUGCACAGUGUCAGCCUGUAAUUUUUUGUUUUGAUUGUUUCUUCCUGGAUCUGAGUAGCUUGAUGUCGCUAGUUCUGAAUUCUGAGGGUAAAUAUGUACCUUCGUUACGGAGGCAGGAAGUCAGCUGCGUCAUCGGUGAGUAGGAAAGAGUAAAUACUACUGCUGCAUUUUUUUGUGUCAAUAAUUGUUGAUUGACAGGCAAAAAUACCUAUUGUCCUUUUUGGUU